AUGGUUAAGGAUACUAAAUACUACGAUAUUUUAGGCGUUGAGCCAACUGCAACAGACGUAGAAUUGAAAAAGGCUUAUAGGAAGCAAGCUAUUAAAUGUCACCCAGAUAAAAAUGGAAAUGAUCCUACUGCAGCAGCCAAGUUUCAAGAAUUAGGAGAAGCAUACGGUAUUUUGCAAGAUAAGGAAAAAAGAGCACUUUAUGAUGAGAUGGGUGUUGAAGGUAUGCAAAGUAACAAUGUUGCGGGCGAAGCAGAUGUCGACCCAGCUGAGUUCUUCAGUAUGAUUUUCGGAGGUGAAGUUUUCAAAGACUGGAUUGGUGAAUUAUCAAUGUUGAAUGAAGUUUCCAAGACUGCUGAUAUAUUGGGCGACGAAGAGGGGGCUGAACUGGAAACGCAGGCAACGGAUUCGACCAAUACAACAAGCGAAGUAGCUACACAAUCAGAAACCGGUUCAGACGUGACUAAAACUAACGGACAGAAGGAUGAUAUCUUGUCUACUGAAGCCAUUAAUAAGAAAAAGAAGCAAAAGAUGACUCAACAACAAAGGGAAGAGAUUUUGAAACUCCAUGAAGAAACUAAAAAGGCCCAAGAAGAACGUGUGAGAGUGUUGUCACAGAACUUAUUAUCUAGAAUCGAGCAAUACACAUCUGCUUCUACCAACCAAGAUUCCUUAGAUCGUUUUAAGACAAAGUUGAACGAAGAAUUAGAAGAUUUAAAGAUUGAAAGUUUUGGUAUUGAAUUGUUACAUUUAAUUGGUAAGAUUUACACAAACCAAGCUCAUGCAACUAUUAAUGCUUGCAAGACCUUUGGUGUGUCCAAAAUAUUCUCGUCUGUUAAAUCUAAAACUAACAGCUUCAAAAAUGGGUUCUCUAUUUUAAAGACAGCUUUAGAUGCUCAAGCUUCUGUCGAGGCAAUGGUUAGAGAGCAAGAAGAUAUACAAGAGGCUAUCGCAAGAGGUGAAGAAUUAACCGAUUCCCAGAAGCAUAGACAGGUUGAAAUGGAGAGGUUAAUUACUGGUAAGGUUUUAGCUGCUGCAUGGGCUUCUACUAAAUUCGAAGUCACGGGUAUUUUGAAUAAGGUUUGUAAUAGAGUCUUGAAUGAUAAAUCUCUCGGUAAGAAGGUUAGAAUUUCCAGAGCUCAGGCCGUACUUUAUAUUGGUGAAACUAUGUUGAAGGUAGAAAGAUCACCCGAAGAAGCCGAAGAUGCCAGAAUUUUUGAAGAAAUGAUGGCAGACGCUACUGCUAAGAAAUCAACAAAAAGAAACAAGAAAUCUAAAGUCAGUGAUAGAGAUAUUGAAGAGUUCAUGAAGAACGUUAAUGAAGUCCACGAAGUAGAUGAACCUGAAGAAGUUAAAUAA